CGAACUUCAUCAUGCCGCCCAAGGAUGACAAGAAGAAGAAAGAUGCCGGAAAGUCGGCCAAAAAAGACAAAGACCCAGUAAAUAAGUCCGGUGGCAAGGCCAAAAAGAAGAAGUGGUCCAAAGGCAAAGUUCGGGACAAGCUCAACAAUCUAGUCCUGUUUGACAAGGCUACAUACGACAAACUCUGUAAGGAAGUUCCCAACUAUAAACUUAUUACUCCAGCUGUGGUCUCUGAGAGACUGAAGAUUCGUGGUUCCUUGGCCAGGGCAGCUCUUCAGGAGCUCCUUAGUAAAGGGCUUAUCAAGCUGGUUUCAAAGCACAGAGCCCAAGUAAUUUACACCAGAAACACAAAGGGUGGAGAUGCCCCAGCUGCUGGUGAAGAUGCAUGAACAGGUUCAAUCAGCUGUACAUUUGGAAAAAUAAAACUUUAUUAAAU